AUGGGGGAGCUGAGGUCCACGUCUCCCGGGCCUCGUUUAGACCUGAACAACUUUGACUCGGCCGCAGCGGAGAGGAGUCGGCACAUCUUAACGAGUCCCCGCUCGCUGGAGUCCUGCACGCGACUCGGUAUCAAACCCGUGGAACUCCUGAUCAAGUCGCUGAAUGACUUCAUUGCUGAGCAGCAUGGCGUGCCCUUUCAGGCGAUGAGAGUCAUGCACGAAUCGUACGAAAGGGAGAGACUGAAGCUUUUACAAAUGUGCCGAGAGGAGAGGCGGAGGAUUAUCCGGGCGGCGGGCGACAGGUGGCCAUCAGGCAGUAACAGAGUGUCAGACUCGGAAGUGGCGCCUGGCACCAAACUGAAGGGCCACAAAGGGGACAGAGAGACAGCGGGGUCCAUCCCGUAUGCGGAGCUGUGCUUUAAGGGGAAACCUGCCAGCAGGUCCUCUUGUUCUAACAGAGACAGGAGCACGGUCUGCAGCUUCAGUCUGGGAGACCUCAGACACACCCCAGCCACCGAGAUGAAACUGGACAGGCUCACCCGGGACAUUCAAAAGAAGAUGUGCGUCACAGUAUCAGAGAGAGACCGCAAGAUAGCGGCUCUCAUGCUGGUGAAGUACCAGGAGGAACAGACCUGCCUGCAGCUCUGUCAGCAGGAGGAACAGGAGCGACAGGAGGCCCGCAGGCACGAGGAGGCCCUGCGGGCCGAGGCGGACAAACAGAGGAGGAGGAAACUGAGGCAGAGUAUGCGACGCUGGCACGAGGAGCUGGAGGCCCGCAGGGGGCUGAGGGAGCGUCGGGAGGAAGAGAAAGCGGGACAGCUGGAGCAGGAGGUGCUGCUGCAAGAAGACCGCUGGAGGAGGCUGAGAGAGGAGGUGGAGGGCCAAUGCAGAGAAAAGAUCGAGGCUGCACGGAGAGAGGCGGGUGGCCGGAAACGCUACCAGGAGAAGCUACUGAGGGAAAGGGAGGAGGUGGAGAAAAGGGAGCGAGAGAGGGAGCGACAGGUGGCGGCGGAGAAGGAGCAGAGGGCCAGGAGGAGCAAAGUGUCGCGGGAAAGGGAGGAGAGGAGGAGGCUGCAGGAGUUAAAUCGUAGGGAGCUGCUACGUCACGUCCUGCUGAAACAGCAGGUAGAGCAACAGGCGGUGGAAGAGGAGGCACAGGUGAGGAGCGCACUCGAGGAGAAGCUGCGACACUCGCGCGAGAAACGCGCCCAGGCCCUGGAGGCGCGGCUGAGGGAGUUGCAGGAGCGGGCGGCCCGGGAGGAGGAGCAGGUUCGGAGAGCGCAGCAGAGGGCCGAGCUGCAGAGCCACCAGCAGCUCGCACAAAAACGGAUCCUGGUCCAGCUGAGCCAGCGCCGCACGGAGAGAGCCGCCCUGCACGCAUCGGCCCAGCAGAGGAGCAGAGGUCAGGAGGCGCGCCGGCACAACACGCGCAGGCAGCUGUGCCACCAGAGGCUGAGGGAGAAGAUGCAGAGGGAGGAGGAGGCCGCGAGGAGGGCCCGGGAGAGCUGCAUCUUCAUGAAGGACUGGAGGAGGGAGAGACUGCGGAGACAGCGGGAGCAGAUACAGGAGGAGGCGCACCGGCUGGCUCGGGCCUCCUUUCACAUGAGGGACAGAGUGAGACAGCAGACGCACAGGCGAACCUUUGACCAGAUGGCUCUGGAGGCUCAGCUGACUGCCCCCAUGAGCCGCAUGAAGCUAUGA